AUGGCUUGGAACGACGAUCUUCUGCUCAAGGUGGCCAACAUUGCGUCGUACGCGCUCUUCACCUCGGGCAACGUGUACGCGCAGCUGCAGGGCACGGUGGUUAGCGAGACCUACCUCACACCCUCGCGAUGGAUCUUUGGCGUAUGGCCGUUUAUCCACUUCCUCUUCCUCGGCAUGAUCAUCUAUCAGUUCACCGAGGCUGGGUCGGCACACGUCGUGCGCGGCAUUGGAUGGCGUUUCCCCCUGCUGUGCAUCCUCAACGCCGCCUACUCGGGUCUCUCGUCGGCUCAGAUGAAUGCCCACCAUGACCGCGUAUACGCCAUCGUCGCAUUUGUAGUCAUGCUUCUGAUCGCAGCGACGGUCAGCCACUGCUACCGUAGCCUCAAGGUCCACCACACCGCAUCCAACCUCGCCGAUACCGCGGUCGUGCAUCUGCCCUUCAGCCUCUACCACGGCUUUGUCGUCGUCCUCCUCUUCGUCUCGGGCUUCGAGGCGUUCGGUGUGAAUGCAAACACCCACAAGGCAGGCAUCAUCACCAAGAUCGUCGUCUUCCUCUCGCUGCUCUUCCUCGAAUCCACCGCAGCGGGCUACGUGUGGUACUCCGAGGGCGACGUGGCGGGUGCGGCUGUCAUCAGCCUCUCGCUCCUCGCCAUCUUCCAGCACCAAACCUCGUCCAAGUUCAUCCACUGGUCCGCCCUCGCCUUCUUCAUCAUCAGCCUCGUCGCCGUGCUGCGCGCCGUCAUCGCCAUCUUCACCAACCGCAACACCACCGCCAUCUCCGACGAGGAACGCGCUCCCCUCGUCGGCUAA